GGGAGGGAGUGUGUGAGUCGGAGAGGAAGGGUCUUCCAUGGCGGCGGCGGCGGCGGCGCUGUCCUCGUCGUGCGUGGCGUGUUGCGCCCCUCCGGGCUGAGGGGAGGAUGCUCUGGGGGGCCGAUGGAGGAGCGCGGGCAGCGGGUGGCGGCGCUGGCGGCGCUGCUGCUGCUCUUCGCGGGGCUGGUGCUGCAGUACCUGUGCCCGGGGGGCGGGCAGUGCCGGCGCCGCCGCGGAGGAGGCGGAAGAGGGGGAGGCGGCGGAGGAGAAAGCCCUGCGGAGGAGGAGGCCGCUAGAGGAGACCCCUACGGGCCCGAGGACGCCUCCCCGGCCCGCUUCGUCCCGCGCCGCCGCUUCCGCGCCGCCGAGCUGCUCCGCCGCGCCGACUUCCGCCUGGAGGGCGACGACCUGAUGGUCUUCCUCCACAUC